CCCGUCGGUACGUGAAGGCAGCAGUUUGGUAAGAGCCUGCUGGUUUGAACGCAGGGAGCAGGUUAGCUUGCUGUUGUACAUUAAACCGAGAGGAAGGAAACAUGACCGCACUGUUCAAAGCGAGGAAAGCUCUAGGCUUGUGUCUCAGUGGUUGUCGAAGUUUGUCUGAACUAGCAGAGUUACCAGAGACUCAUCAAAUACUAAGGCAGACCUGCAGAGACUAUGCUGACAGAGAACUGAUACCCAUCGCCGCCAAACUCGACAAAGAGCAAAGUUACCCUGCCAAACAGAUUCAAGAGUUGGGGGCGAUGGGGGUGAUGGCCAUGGAGGUACCAGAGGAGCUGGGUGGUGCAGGGAUGGACUAUCUGGCAUACAGUCUGGCUAUUGAGGAGAUCAGUCGAGGCUGCGCCAGCACUGGAGUCAUGGUCUCUGUAAACAAUUCUCUCUACAUUGGACCAAUAUUGAAGUUUGGUACAGAAGAACAGAAAAAGCAGUGGAUCACACCGUUUACCACUGGAGAGAAGGUGGGCUGUUUCGCACUCAGUGAGCCAGGUAAUGGCAGUGACGCUGGUGCUGCCUCCACGAUAGCUCAUCGGGAUGGAGAAGAGUGGGUGCUCAACGGAACCAAGGCCUGGAUCACCAACAGCUGGGAUGCCUCUGCCACAGUCGUGUUCGCCACCACUGACAAGAAACUCAAACACAAGGGUAUCAGUGCCUUCCUGAUCCCCAUGCCACACCCUGGGCUUUCUCUAGGGAAGAAGGAAGAUAAGUUGGGCAUCAGAGCCUCAUCCACUGCUAACAUCAUCCUUGAGGACUGCAGGAUACCGCUGGGCAACAUGCUGGGUCCUUGCGGUGCUGGAUUCAAGAUCGCCAUGCAAACGCUGGACAGUGGAAGGAUCGGUAUCGCAGCUCAGGCUCUGGGUAUCGCUCAGGCUUCUCUGGACUGUGCAGCUGACUACGCACAAAAACGCACUGCAUUUGGAGCCCCCAUCAGCAAGCUGCAGUGCAUACAGUUGAAACUGGCUGACAUGGCUGUGGCAGUAGAGAGCUCUCGUCUGCUCACGUGGAAGGCUGCUCUCCUUCGGGAUUCAAAGAAACCCUUCACUAAGGAAGCAGCUAUGGCCAAACUGGCAGCAUCUGAAGCUGCCACGCUCUGCUCACAUCAGGCGAUCCAGGUUCUAGGUGGGAUGGGUUACGUGGCGGACAUGCCUGCAGAGAGGCACUACCGUGACGCUCGCAUCACUGAGAUCUACGAGGGCACCAGUGAGAUCCAGAGACUGGUUAUCGCAAACCAGUUACUGAAGGAAUAUGAGACAUAGGCACACCUCUGUCAGUGCCUUUGGCUUAAUAAAGACAUUUAAUCCCAGAUCUGAAAUCAGAUAAUUAAACCCACAGACAUGAAAUCAGCCAUAAACAAAAGAAAGCCAGUGUGAUUAGGCUCUGUAAUACUGUAUCAGUGUCAGAGACUACAGUACAGACCUUCACAGGAGAUUUACGUGAUUUUACAUUUACAUUUUACAUACUUCAUUGUCUCAAGGGAAUUCAGGAAUAAAGCAAAGUGGCAGUCUAGAAGAUUUUAGUCCUGGUUGGUUUAGCGACACCUGUAUCUGGGCUGAUCAAACAUUUGAACCAGGUCCAGCUCAGGUCUCAGCUGCUCAGAACCACAUGGAUCUGUAAGGACCUCAACUCACCACAGUUGUCCUGAAUGUCAAAACAGACUUCCACACUCACCUACUUUUUAAUAAAAAUGUGAACAGACCCUUUUUAAAAUCUACACCAGGCUUGGUUUUGCCUCGACACUGUCUCAUUACUCCUGAAGAACAUGAGUCACAUUUUUGUGAGUCACAUUUUUGUGUUUGCUCUUUGCUUCCUAUGAGGAAGUUAAACCACCAGGGGGCAACGCUGUGUCUUCAUGUUCCUUGACCCAGAUUUGCUUCAAACUGAAUCACAAGUCACUGAAAACAAGUGAAGUGUAACUGUGUUUUUCUGAUUUGCUCUUGUGGAUGGAAGUUAGAGCUGAUACUUGAAUGAUAAUGUGAACGUUUGCCUCAACAUUGAAACCAACUCUUUGAGCUAGUCACAGACUGUAAGAGACUGUGUCAUGAAUUGUAUGCUGAUUUCACAGACCUCUUGUGCCUCUGUGACAUAUGUGUACAUAUUUUAUUGUGUGCAAAUGACAAUAAAAACUAAACUACAAUA